AAAGCAAACCUCACCUUCUUGCUUCAUAAAAUUGCCUUGCCAACCUUCAGAAGCAACAUCGACCAACUUCACACACAACUUAAAAACAAGCAGCAGCAAACUAUUCUUUCAUCCAUCUAUCUUCCAACAAACUGAAACCAUCACCAUGACCAAAUAUGAUAGUACGCCAUCAUCCACCUCUACCAAGCACGGCGAAAGAACCCUCCACAUUAUUCUGAACAAGGACACCAACCUGUUGGAACUCGCUCAAAAGAUCCACAAUCACACAUCCAUGAUGACACGAGAAGUUAUUAUCGAACCAGAGUGGUCCUCCUGUGAACAAGAACACAUUUUGGCCGAUGUCACGGAACCGGAUUGGACUCCAUUCGCACAACCUCAAGAAGAACACACGCACACUACUACUGUGGCCGAAAAGCUCUUUCAAGUCAUUGGAGAUCUACCAAUGUUGGAACGCAUUCAUUUGAAGCGAUUGGGAUUUGCCGAUUCCGGCGGCUUUCCUCUGCAUCUCCUCACGAUUCUCUUGAUUGGACCCAUGCGAUCCAUGUAUUUGAAGGAAUUGCACGUGGACAAGUGUCGCUUUUCCAAUGUCAACCGCCGCACCGUCUUGAAGUGCGCUGAAGCGAUCGUAUGUCUGUCGGCUUUAAAGCGAGUCGAAUGGUACGAGCAAUCCUCCAACGCCAUUGGCUAUACGACUACUUCAGGAACGGAGAAAUGCGUUUCUCCCCUGGCCAAUGCCAUUCUCAGCUUGCCCGCCCUCCAAGAAGUCGAGUUGGGAUCCGGGGAGCAGCAGCCAAUGCUGUCGCCCACUACGAGUACGAGUACCAAUGAUGCUCUUGGCAAUUUUGUUCUGUCAUCGCCAUGCCGCGACUUGUCACUUCGUAAUUUCCCGUUUCACGGAACAUCCCUCGAGUCCUUGGCAAGAGCUCUUCAAUGCUCCAGUUGUCAACUCGAAACCUUGCAACUCGAUCUGGGACAAGCCGAUGCAGCUCAAGUCAAGACACUCUUUCAAGCCCUCGCGGACAACACCAGUCUUCACACGCUGCAACUCUGGAUUUCCUAUGCGGAUGCCUGGCAAGACGAGCGCUGUCUGGAAACCUUGGCCAAAGCGUUGAAACAACAACACAGCAACAUUUCGACACUGCGCAUUUUUGGUCCCGGACGAAACAAUCUACAAGAACCGGAUGCCACGGCCUUUUGCAAAAUGCUCGAAACCAACUCGACCAUUACAUCCUUGGUGUUGGAUGAUUACAACAACAACUUAUUGCAACGCAGUCAAGGCAAAUUGGCACCCAUGAUUCAGUUUUACACCCACUUGAAUGCCUGUGGGCGAUCCCAAGUGUUGCAGAAAAUGAGAAACUGUUCCAUGCAUCAAUGGAUGAACGUGUUGGCACAAUGCGGUCGUGACAAUGCAUCGUCCGAACUACAAAACCUCGAAGCCGUGCACUUUUGGCUGCGACAAAAUCCAACCCUCAUCAUCACAGCGGCUGCUACGGCAGAACAACACUGCGCUUCCUAUGACUGCUGAAUGAAGCAACCGACCUCCAUAAUAUAUAUCUCUUGACCUCUAGAUUCCAAUCUGUUACAGCAUAAUGUAUAAUAAACUGUAUCCAUACUAC